AUGUUUUCUUCCACCAACAAUCUCCACCUUUUCCCUCUUCAACACUACUUCGUCCCUUCUUCUUCUUCCUCCUCCUCUUACCACCAGGUUGUUCCUCCUCCUCCGGGGCCGGCGGUGGCGUCUCCUGCGAACAACGUGUUCGUCCCGCAAGAUCUGCAAAACCCAUUUGUUGGAGUGGGUGAAGAAGGAAGGAUGAAGAAUGAGCAAGAAGGGCAGUGUUAUUCUUCUGGUGUGAACAAAAAGAGCAGAAUGAAGAAAGAUCGGCAUAGCAAGAUUUACACAGCUCAGGGUUUGAGAGACAGGAGAGUUAGAUUAUCCAUUGAGAUUUCUAGAAAGUUCUUUGAUCUUCAAGACAUGUUGGGUUAUGACAAAGCUAGCAAAACCCUAGACUGGCUGCUCACCAACUCAAGAAAAGCCAUUAAAGAGUUGACAAACAACAACAACAACAACUUGUAUAACUUUGAUUCUGAAUUUGAGGCUCACAAAUCAACAUUGCCUAAAUGUUCUAACAAAAAUGUUGCAUUCCAUCAUGUUUUGGCCAAGGAAUCUAGGGCAAAGGCAAGAGCAAGAGCUAGGGAAAGAACAAAGGAGAAAAUCAUGAGUAAAUCCCAACAACCUUUACCUGAGAUUUUCAGCCACCAAUUCCGCUCUCCUCCUCCUCCGCCUCCGCCUGCUUCGUCGUCGUCUUCUUCCAUACCCGUCGUUCAAAAAGCUGCCGCGACCUCGUUGGAUCAAGAAAACAACAUCAUAGGAAUCAUGUGGAAGCCAUCUCCUAUGAUCACAAAAGGAGAUAUUUAUUACAAUAAUUGCAACAAUUUCUAUUUUCCUUCCAAUCUGCCUCCCAAUUGGGACAUCAAUGUUGACUCUUUUGCCAGACCACAAUCUGGGUUUUGCUCCAUUGCCAACAUGGAUUCUCUCCCAGAAUUUCAAGUGUGUGCGAAGCCAUGGGAUAGCUGCAGCAACAACCAACACCUGCACUAA